AUGGGUAUAUCAGUUCUAGAUAAACUACUACCAAUAGAUCAAUUAGAGAAAGUACAACCAAAUGAUGUCACAAUUGAACCCAAAAAACUACUAGAACAUUAUCGAUCUGAGCUUGAAAAUUCAAAUGAUAUUCAAUUAGUUGAAACUAUGUCCCAAUACCAUUCAUAUAAUAAAUCAUUAUUGCAAUUUAAACAGAAAUUAGAACCGGUAGGUAUUAUAAUAGAAGAUUUUUCAAAAGAUUUAAAGAACUUAUCAUCAAGUUUAGUUUCAUUGGAACAACAAUCCAGUGAAUUAUCAAAAGAUCAUCAUGUCAAUAAAAUGAUAACAAGAGAAUUGGAGAAAACUAUAAACGAAAAUAUAUUACCACCAGAAAUGAUUAAAGAAUUAUUGCAUGAAGAAUUAUCAAAUCAAUAUUUAGAAAAAGUUACUUUCAUGAUAGAAAAGAUGGAUGAAAAAGAUUCAAAAUCAAUAAAAGCAAAAGUUGUUGAAAGAACAAGAGAUUUUGUAAUAUCUCAAAUACGGUCUUUAAGAUCUCACAAAUCAAUAUCAUCACAAUUAGUUCAACAAAAACUAAAAGAAUCCUCAAAUUUAUUUCAUUUUUUACAAUCACAACAACCAAAUUUAGGUAUACAAUUACAACAAGCAUAUUUCCAUACUAUGAAAUGGUAUUAUAAAAGUAAAUUUGCGAAAUAUAUUUAUUCAUUAGAAAAAUUAUCAAGACGACAUAUAGAAACUUCAGUUUUUGACUCACCAAAUUAUAUAAAUACAUUUGAACAAAGAAGUAAAAUCCUUGAUGGAAAUGAAUCAUGUAUGCCAUCACAAUUGGCAGAAACUAUAACUACUCAAUAUACAAUGGAAUUUGUAUUUUUACAAUUAUUAGAAGCAAUAGUUGAUAAUGUAUCAGUUGAAUAUUUUUUUGUUGUUGAAUUUUUUUAUAAGGGAAAUGAAAAAAAUAACUCAUGGGCAAAUACAAUGUUUGAAGAUGUUUAUAAAAUGAGUAAAGAAUUUUUGAGUUUUAUUACCUACAAUUCAUUUGAUGUUUAUGCCAUAUUAUUAAUUAUAAAAUUGAUUUACAAAUUUCAAAGCAGAACUCAUGAGUACCAUAUCCCAGUUCUUGAUGAUUAUUUAAAUUCACUUUUGCUUAUGCUUUGGCCAAUAUUUACACGAAUUAUAGAUACAAAUUGUGAUUCAAUGAAAAAACAUAUUUCGAAAAGUACAAAGUCAUUAGUACCAUUAAAUACUACACAACAAUUUGGCUUAUUCUUUCUGUAUUUGGUCAAAUUAUCAAUUGAUGGAACUCCUAUAAAGACAUGUAUCACAAGACUAAGGAAUGAUUACGAAAGUAGUAUAACUAAAACAAGUUCAUCUUUUAAAGGAGCUGAUAGAGAAACUUUUUUAAAUAGAAAUUAUUCAUUAGUGGUUACAAUUCUUACAAAUGAAUCAGAAAAUGAUGAAGAACAAAUUAAUCAUUUUAAAUUAUUAGCGAAUGCAUACACCUAG